AUGGCUAGCUGGCUGAAAUGGCUGUGGUACCACAGGAACUACAUCAUCAUUGUUGUCACUCCACUGGUGUUUCUUCCCCUGCCAAUCGUCAUCCCUACAUCGGUAGCAAAAUGUGGUUAUGCCAUCAUCAUCAUGGCUCUGUAUUGGUGCACAGAGUGUAUGCCUCUGGCUAUAACUGCCCUGCUACCAGUUGUCCUCUUCCCUAUGAUGGGCAUCAUGAAGGGUGGAGAGGUCAGUGUGGAAUAUCUGAGAGACACUAACAUACUCUUCAUUGGCGGCCUGCUGGUGGCGAUCGCAGUGGAGCACUGGAACCUUCAUAAGCGCAUUGCUCUCCGAGUUUUGCUGCUGAUUGGUGUUCGUCCAUCCCUGUUAAUGACUGGUUUCAUGAUCGUCACGGCCUUCCUCUCCAUGUGGAUCAGCAACACGGCCUCCACAGCCAUGAUGCUGCCCAUCGCCCACGCCGUGCUGCAGCAGCUGAAAGCCACAGAGGCCCGGGAGGAUGAAGAAGAUUUCAAGGCUACAGUCCAGGACAACCAUGCUUUUGAGCUCGAGAUCAAAGAAACUAUGCAGGAAGUAACUAAUGAGAAACAACCAGAUACCAAGAUUCAGCAUGAGGACAGAGUGUAUCAACAUGACUGGAAUCCUGAGUCACUGCAGGAGGCCAGGAGGAAAGCACUAGACGCGAAGUUCGACCGUCUGUCCAAAGGAAUAUGUCUGAGUGUGUGUUACUCUGCCAGCAUCGGAGGCACGGCCACGCUCACUGGCACUACCCCUAACCUCAUUCUUAAAGGUCAAAUGGACAAACUCUUCCCUGAAAAUGGCGAUGUGAUCAACUUUGCCAGCUGGUUUGGCUUUGCUUUUCCCAACAUGGUGCUCAUGCUGGUGUUGUCCUGGUUGUGGCUUCAGAUUGUAUUCCUGGGCUUCAACCUGAAGCGAUCAUUUGGCUGUGGCAUGAAAAGUGGCAGGGACAAGGAGGCGUAUGCAGUGAUCAAGGAGGAGUACCGUAAGCUGGGGUGCAUGUCGUUUGGUGAGGGGGUCGUGCUCACCGUCUUCAUCCUUCUGGUGGUGCUGUGGUUCACCAGGGCGCCAGGCUUCAUAGACGGCUGGGCAACAGUGCUCUUCAAUCAGACGGGAGAGUAUGUGACGGAUGGGACUGUUGCGAUCUUAAUGGCAAUGCUCUUCUUCGUGAUCCCCUCCCAGCUGCCAACGUGUGGAGGCUACGGUAAGAAGGUGAAUACUCUCCGCACUGUGCUGACCUGGCAGGUGGUCCAUGACCGGAUGCCCUGGAACAUCGUCCUGCUGCUGGGCGGAGGCUAUGCUCUGGCUGCCGGCAGUGAGAUAUCAGGUCUGUCCAAGUGGCUGGGAGAGUGCUUGUCACCUCUGCAGAAUAUUCCCCCCUUUGCCAUCUCAUUGGUGCUCUGUCUGCUGGUGGCCACAUUCACUGAGUGCUCCAGCAACACAGCCACCACCACCUUGUUCCUGCCCAUACUGGCCUCAAUGGCCACAGCUAUUAAGCUACACCCACUGUACGUGAUGUUGCCCUGCACCAUAUCUGCCUCUCUGGCCUUCAUGUUGCCUGUGGCCACACCACCCAAUGCCAUCGCCUUCUCACAUGGAAACCUCAAAGUCAUGGACAUGGUGAGCACUGGCUUUAUUCUGAACCUCGUUGGGAUUGCAACUGUUAAUUUAGGCAUCAACACCUGGGGAUAUGCCAUGUUUGACAUGGGCACUUUCCCUAGUUGGGUCAAUAUUACAAGUAACCACACUAACACUACAAGUAACUACACUUACACUUAA